AUGGACGACAUCGCGGGGUUAAACUGGGAUUCGACCCCAGGUAACGGACAGAAACCAGCGACGUUGACCUCGACCUCGACCUCAAACUACUCUGCCUUUAGCACAUUAAAACCCACCCCUCCUGCUUCUGGACGGGCGUCUCCGCUCAAUCCAGCUUCCAGCCAAGCCCCCUCGAAACCCUCGACCCCUGCCAACGACAGUUUCGCGAACCUCAUCUCGUUCGGGUCCACGUCGAACAAGAAUCUCUCAUUACUAGAACAGCAGAAGAGGCAGGCCGAGGCAAAACUUCAUGAGCAAAAGGCUCAGCAUCAGAAUUUGACUGCCCAAUACGCCGGAGGGGACGAGCAAUUCUGGAAUAACUUGGGCAGCAGAAGGGGUUCGCCCGCCAUCAGUAAUACGAAGACGCAGACCACGCGCACACGAAAUAACGCAUUGGACGACGACGACGACGACGACUUGUUUGCCGCUUUCAACAAGUCUCCUCCAGCUGAGAAUGGGGGUAAACCCGCUUCCGUAGAGAGGGAUGCUACGAAUAAUGACGAUGACGAUCCUUUUGGCCUAGCAGAGGCCGGGCCACGACGAGCUGACACUGCGGCUACAACUACUACGGUAGACGAUGACGACGUGCUGGGCUUGCUGGGGAAACCAGUCUCUGCUCGGCAAAGGCAUGAAUCUCCACCCCCAGCAAGGAGGAAUGGCCCUACCAAUCUCCACCCCCAGGACCAGGCGGUGGCCGAACUUGUCGAUAUGGGAUUCCCUCCAGAGAAGGCCAAGGUUGCACUAGAAGCUACAGAGUCUGGGCUUGACGUUCAGGCUGCUGUAGGCAUCCUUCUCAACCAGGCACAUGCAGAAGCACGUCAGAAGACCCAAUCAAGAAAUGGCCAGCGACAAGGAGUGGAUGAAUGGGCGGAAGGACAACAAUCGCGAGUAACAGCACGCUGGGACGACUCCGAGACCUCCCGAAAAAGACCGGAGGGCGCCGCUCGUGCGCAAGACAGGGACAUUGAAAAAAUGGCAGCUGAGUUUGGGGCCAAUUUUUUCAAAACCGCCAACUCGUUGUGGAAGCAAGGGACAAAGCAGAUACAGAAAGCAGUGCAGGAGUUCAACUCGGACACCGAGUCUGCCGCCGCUCAGCCCAAGUGGAUGCGGGAGACUGCAGAAAGACCCGCGCGGAAGGAGCAUCAGCCACGCGAGCAGGAGGUUGAGACAAAGUCUACUCAGAGAAGAAGAAGCCCAGGAGCUCAGGUUCAAUCAGACCUGACGAAUGAGGCGAUGAUGCUGGAAGGGAGUCGACCAGCACCGCCCUCGAGGCCGUCAGCUUCGUCGCAACGACCAGAGAGAAGCUUCAUUCCUGGUGGCGACAGUUCUCGUGACCGUUCUCCAGCCAUGCCUUCUCGACUUAGGGAGUCACUUCCGCAGACUCAGCCGGUGUUUUUACGGCAACAGAAUCAGUCGCCGGCCGCUGGCUUAAAAGCGAGUCUUAAUAGAGCAGCUGCAGAAGAGCAAGCGGCUCAAGCGUAUGUCAGCUCCGCUCGAAGACGGAAGCCUCAAUCCCAACCUCCUGCCUCGCCCCCGCCAGUGUCCAAUGCAGAGACAGACCUGCUUGAAGGCAGCUUCAAAGAUUCUGCCCCCAAGCCUUCACGCCAGGCAGCACCAUCAAUAGCAGGGAGGCCUCAUCCUCCUCGUCCUCAAACUCAUACCGCGGUAUCAGCCUCAACACCACCCAUCCAAGUCCGGCCACCACCCCCAAACCGCCAAGUCCCGUCCGUCUCGGCCAUCGCGCUGAAAGCCAGCCACACAGCUCGAGAGAAAGGCAACGAUCACUUCAAACGCGGCGAUUACGCCUCCGCCCAUCAAGCCUAUGCCACCUCGUUGUCCCAUCUCCCGGAUUCUCAUCCCCUGACGAUAAUCCUCCUGACAAAUCGGGCCUUGACAGCCCUCAAAACCGGCGAACCCAAAUCCGCGAUCCUCGACGCCGACAAAGCGAUUGGCAUCAUCGGCCCGAGUAAAGGUGAAAACGAGACUGUCGACGCGGGGGAUGAUACCGUCAAACCCAUGCGCGAGUAUUACGGCAAAGCCCUCAUGCGCAAAGCCGAAGCAUUGGAGCAAAUGGAAAAGUGGGCGGACGCGGCACUCGUAUGGCGCGAGGCCGUGGAAGGUGGACACGGUGGUGCGACCAGUAUCCAGGGGAGAAUGAGGGCCGAAAAGGCAGCGAACCCGCAGGCGUCGAGACUCAAGCCAGCGACCCCGCAAGUACGAAAGACGGCGUCCGCGCCGCCAGCGUCUCAGAGGAACGCGGCAGCGUCAGCGAAGCCAGCAGAAGCGGUCUCCCGACUCCGCGCAGCCAACGCCCUCGCGGAACGGCAGGACGAUGAGAAAUUCCGGCUCUCGGAUGCAAUUGACGCACGCAUCAAUUCCUGGAAAGGUGGCAAGCAGGACAAUCUGCGGGCCUUGUUGGGCAGUCUAGAUCAAGUGUUGUGGGAAGGAAGCGGAUGGAAGAAGAUCAGCAUGGCCGAUCUGGUGCUCCCGGGCAAGGUCAAGAUUCAGUACAUGAAGGGGAUCGGGCGAGUGCAUCCUGACAAGGUACGUCUCAGAGUUUUGCAACUUGGGUCGAUGGUGACGGGAGAAAUCCUUGGUUCCGGAGGUGCGUGCACACAGGCUGACGAUUCAACGGCACCAGAUUCCUACGGAUGCCACCACCGAGCAGCGAAUGAUUGCGGGCGCCGUGUUCAGUACGCUGAAUGA